GAGAGAGAGAGAGUUAGAGAGAGAGAGAGAUCAGAAAUGGAGAAGGGAGAGGAGGUUAGUAACAAACAGAUAAUCUUCAAGGACUACAUUACAGGCUUUCCCAAAGAGACAGACAUGGUUUUGAGUACUGGAACCAUCAAGUUGAAAGUUCCAGAGGGAUCUAAUGCGAUUCUUGUGAAGAAUCUCUACUUAUCUUGUGAUCCAUACAUGAGAUCCUGUAUGGCGAAGCUGGAUAAGCCAAAUUAUGUCCCUUCCUUCACUCCUGGUUCUCCUUUAACUGGAGUUGGUGUGGCUAAAGUUUUGGAUUCUAAUCAUCCAAACUUCAAGGAAGGUGACUUGGUGUGGGCGAUGACCGGAUGGGAGGAGUACAGCCUGCUUACAAUGCCAGACAACCUGAAUAAAAUUACAGACACAGAUGUACCACUUUCCUACUAUGUAGGAUCACUUGGGAUGCCUGGUUUAACUGCUUAUGCUGGUUUUUAUGAACUCUGUUCUCCAAAGAAAGGGGAAAAAGUGUUCAUAUCAGCAGCGUCUGGUGGAAUUGGCCAACUUGUUGGACAGUUUGCAAAGAUAACAGGUUGUUAUGUGGUUGGAAGUGCUGGUUCUAAAGAAAAGGUUGAUUUAUUGAAGAACAACUUUGGAUUUGAUGAGGCUUUCAAUUAUAAAGAAGAGCAUGACUUGGAUGCUGCUUUACAAAGGUACUUUCCUGAAGGUAUAGACAUUUACUUUGAAAAUGUGGGUGGGAAGAUGCUUGAUGCAGUCCUCCUCAACAUGAAAUUUGGUGGUCGCAUUGCUGCGUGUGGGAUGAUAUCACAGUACAACCUUGAAAAGCCAGAGGGUGUUCACAAUUUGUUCUGCCUUAUCAGUAAGCAGAUUCGCAUGGAAGGGUUCUUAGUUUAUUACUACCGUCACCUUUACCCCAAGUUCCUUGAUUUUAUUCUACCACUCAUCAAAGAAGGUAAGAUAGCUUAUGUAGAAGAUAUUGUUGAAGGCCUUGAGAAUGCACCUGGAGCUCUGAUUGGACUCUUCACAGGCCGUAAUGUUGGAAAACAGGUGGUUGUAGUUGCCCGUGAGUGAAUGACUACUCUACAUUCAGUAAAUCUAUACAAAAU